UUUCAACAGGUAAACUGGGGAUCGUCUACACAGGCGUACACAUACAUCCGGGCAUUACGCUUUGCUUACCGCCUUGCCAGAGUAGAAGAUCACGUGAAGAACUUUAGACCUCAGUGUUUAGUGUUGACUGGGGCCCCAUCAUCACGCCCGAAUCUCACGUACAUCGUGUCUCAGAUGACUCGUAAUGUUGGACUCAUGAUUUGCGGCCAGGUCAAAGUUGGCAAGUUUUGUAAGCCUUCGGCUUAUGAGAAUCGAUGGCUUAGAAAACAAAAGAUACAUGCCUUCCAUACGAUAUGUACAGCGCCGACUCUCCGUGAAGGUGUCCAAAGCUUGCUACAGAUUGCUGGGAUCGGCAAACUGAAGCCAAACACACUCGUACUCGGAUUCAAAAACAACUGGAUACGAGCACCGCCUUCUGAAAUCGCAGAAUACGUCAACAUCAUUAACGACGCGUUCGAAAUGAAUUACGGGGUUGCUAUACUGCGCAUGAGCGAGGARUAUCAAAUGGAAGAAGAAGAAUGUGAUGACGACGACUGGAUGGGUGAUAAGGAGGAGGAACGAUUCCUUCCAAAGACCAGGAAUCUAUCUGGCAGCAAGGACAGUUUAUCCAUCCGACCUGAAAGCCCAAGUCAUGGAAGUCAAGUAUUUUCUGAUAAACCUCAAGACGCGAGCAGGAAAAUUUUCCACGUCGAGCGAACCGCAACGCCAGAAAGCUCGAGUCUCUUGGCAGAAAUAUUUGACAGCAUAGGAGACGAUGCUGAGGGGAAGCAGAAGCAAAGUAAUGAUGAUAAAAAAGAAUUUGUAGUUGCAAAGAAUGUUGAUUUGAAUUCGGACAAGAAGGAUACGAGCUCGGUGUCUGACUCCGCUGCUCCAACUAGCGAGCUUGACUUUCCUAGUGGGAGCACUAAAGUUGAAGUUGGCUCGCUUGCAACAAGAGAAUUCUCGGUAAGUGAAUUUAGGACCUCUGAUUCAAAUAUAAGUCAGACUUUGACGGUGGAGAUUGAGAAAACCAAAGAAGUCAGCAGCAAGCAGUCCCCUUCCCUUUCCCCUUCACAUGAAACAUCCGUGGAUCCACUUCCUGUCCGACAAGAACCAGUCAUGGAGUAUUCUCCUUCUAGUCCUGUUUCUUUCCAAGGCAAACAAAGAGGAACAAUUGAUGUGUGGUGGCUGUCAGAUGAUGGUGGGCUCACCAUUUUAAUUCCCUAUCUUCUGAGUCUUCACCAUUCAUGGAAAAACUGCAAACUACGCAUCUUCACACAUGCCACUAGUGGAAACAUUCAGGAUAAUAUAGUUCGUAUGGCGAACUUGCUGAAGAAAUUCCGUAUCGAUUUUUCAAGUAUAGAAGAAGUGAAAGGAAUACGUGAGCCUCCUUCCAAGGAAAGUGUUGAGGAAUUUCUCAAGUUGCCAAUUCGAAGUGAAUUCGAAGAAGGAGGGAUGCAAAUGGAUAAACGUAUACUAAGGCAUAUUCGUAUUGGAGAAUUAGUUCGCAAGCACUCCAAAGAUGCAAGGCUAAUUGUGAUGACUUUACCCGUACCCAAAGUAGAAAUAAUGUCAUGUAUGAUGUAUAUGAGCUGGCUGGAAGUCUUGUCAGCAGACUUGCCUCCAGUUCUUCUUGUCCGUGGAAACCAAACGAGUGUUCUUACUUUCUAUUCUUAGACAUGAACACUUUUUUAUUGUCAUUUUUUACCACUCUUUUAUAUUAAUCGAAGCCAAGAGACUUCAAGUUUUUCAAUUCACGUGAUGGCAUCCAUUACAGGCAGGAACAAUAAACUUUUUUUACAGUUUGAAUUGUGGGAUGCCAAGAUGACAAAUACGUAGAACAUUUAUGAAGCACAGAGUUGCAGGGUUAAGUUUUCAAAUAAUUUGAAGUCUUGGUGUUUUGCAUAUUGUUCCACCUACCAGCAAACUCAAUUGCUCCUUAGAUGUGCUUCUUAUUGAAGAAUGUAAAGUUAUAUAAAAAGAUAUCUCAGCGAAAAAAAUUUCAACGCUGUAUAUACAUGUACAACCAAGUAUCUGAAGAUGCGUCAAACUUCCCCAAAGGCAAAGAUUUCCACAAGUACAACACACGUAACAAGAUCUUUUUACGAUAACUUAGAAAUUUCUCGCUCGCUUAUUUAACGAAUAGACAUCAGUUUUUUAUGUGUCUGUCCUCUUAUUGACGAUAAAUUGCGUCACCACAUUGUCAAAGUAGUGUGGAUCCACGAGGCGUAGCCGACACUACUUUGAUAAGACGCAAUUUA